CCAGCUAUCAAUACUUCCGUGUGUAUAACAUCAACGUGAAUGUCUGAUGCAUGAUUUCCAUUUGUGUAAACGACCCAGCAGCUAUGGAAGUGACGCAUACCCUUUCUGAUUCCAAUGUUAUGACUUCUAACAAUACGACACAUAUUACAGCGCCAGCAACAAAUGUCGCCGUAGUUGUUGGAUGCAGUAUCGGCGUCGUUGUGAUGUUGCUGAUACUUCUGAUGUCUCUUAUUGCUCUCUGCAGCCACGGAUGUACGUGUUGCACUCGUCGACAGAGACGAAAGAAGGGCAUUAAGGAUGAGCAGCCGACGACAAGAGGCAGUGUACAUGAAUAUAUGGAGUUGACGAGCGGAGAUCAUUACGAUCUAGUAGAUCUGCCACUUCCCUGCCCCGCCCUUGGAGCGGAUGGCUAUCUAGUGGCCGCUCCAUCUAGCGGGUGUAGUCAGUACACAAAGGACAAUCUGGACGCGGAUAUCGAAACAGACAUGGCAAAUGUUAGUUCUCCCAACAGCAACGUUUCUAUAGAAAUCAAAGAUGGUAAAAACCAGAAGAUUGUUAAUAUUCGCUUCCUGUGACCGUUGAUCUGGAACCAUGUGGAAUACCGAAGUUCUUGUGCGAAGAUGUCGCCGUGGACAAUGAAUUUUUCACAUUUUCGACAUGUUCUCCAGAAUCCAUUGAUGAAGCCAGGCCUUGUAGGGAGGGGAAUUUAAUUAUGUUUAUAGGCUUCGCAAUUGAACACACUACUUGUCCGGUAAGAGAUGAAGGCUUUAACGGACGAGGGUUUUAUUAUUCAGCUUUAUUUGUGCUUCGUGUUAUGCCACUAUAUCGUUCAAUGUAACAGACACAUUAUAUGGGUGUGUUGUUUCACAUAUCCAGAGUCAUGGGAUCGAAUGGGAUUUACAUUUUUUACAAAAGUUAAAAAUCUAGAAAUACGUUUCUCGACGGGGAACGUCGACUCACUGACUUUAGCAAUGUUUUAGAGCCAUAUCACGACAGGGAACGUUGACUCACUCACAUUAGCAAUGUUCUAGAGCCAUAUCACGACAGGAAACGUUGACUCACUCACAUUAGCAAUGUUUUAGGGGUAUAUCACGACAGGGAACGUUGACUCACUGACUUUAGCAAUGUUUUAGAGCUAUAUCACGACAGGGAACAUUGACUCAUUCACAUUAGCAAUGUUUUAGAGCCAUAUCACGACAGGAAACGUUGACUCACUCACAUUAGCAAUGUUCUAGAGCCAUAUCACGACAUGGAAUAUUGACUCACUGACUUUAGCAAUAUUUUAGAGCCGUAUCACGACGGGGAACGUCGACUCACUGACUUUAGCAAUGUUAAAGAGCCAUAUCACGACACGGAAUAUUGACUCACUGAUUUUAGCAAUGUUUUAGGGCCAUAUCACGACACGGAAUAUUGACUCACUCACUUAAGCAAUAUUUUAGAGCCGUAUCACGACGGGGAACGUCGACUCACUGACUUUAGCAAUGUUAUAGAGCUAUAUCACGACACGGAAUAUUGACUCACUGAUUUUAGCAAUGUUUUAGAGCCAUAUCACGACACGGAAUAUUGACUCACUGACUUUAGCAAUGUUUUAGAGCCAUAUCACGACAUGGAAUAUUGACUCACUCACUUUAGCAAUAUUUUAGAGCCGUAACACGACAGGGAACGUCGACUCACUAACUUUAGCAAUGUUUUAGAGCCAUAUCACGACACGGAAUAUUGACUCACUGACUUUAGCAAUGUUUAAGGGCCGUAUCACGAUAAGAAACGUUGAUUCACUCACUUUAGCAAUGUUUUAGAGCCAUAUCAUGACAAGAAACGUUGAUUCACUCACUUUAGCAAUGUUUUAGAGCUAUAUCACGACACGGAAUAUUGACUCACUGACUUUAGCCAUAUUUUAGAGCCGUAUCACGACGGGGAACGUCGACUCACUGACUUUAGCAAUGUUAUAGAGCCAUAUCACGACAAGAAACGUUGACUCACUUACUUUAGCAAUGUUUUAGAGCUAUAUCACGACACGGAAUAUUGACUCACUCACUUAAGCAAUAUUUUAGAGCCGUAUCACGACAAGAAACGUUGACUCACUAACUUUAGCAAUGUUUUAGAGCCAUAUCACGACAGGGAACGUUGACUCACCCACUUUAGCAAUGUUUUAGAGCCAUAUCACGACAGGUAACGUUGAUUCACUCACUUUAGCAAUGUUUUAGAGCCUUAUCACGAUAAGAAACGUUGAUUCACUCACUCUAGCAAUGUUUUAGAGCCAUAUCACGACAAGAAACGUUGAUUCACUCACUUUAGCAAUAUUUUAGAGCUAUAUCACGACACGGAAUAUUGACUCACUGACUUUAGCCAUAUUUUAGAGCCGUAUCACGACGGGGAACGUCGACUCACUGACUUUAGCAAUGUUUUAGAGCCAUAUCACGACAAGAAACGUUGACUCACUUACUUUAGCAAUGUUUUAGAGCCAUAUCACGACACGGAAUAUUGACUCACUCACUUAAGCAAUAUUUUAGAGCCGUAUCACGACAAGAAACGUUGACUCACUAACUUUAGCAAUGUUUUAGAGCCUUAUCACGACAGGGAACGUUGACUCACUCACUUUAGCAAUGUUUUAGAGCCUUAUCACGACAGGAAACGUUGAUUCACUGACUUUAGCAAUGUUUUAGAGCCAUAUCACGACAGGUAACGUUGAUUCACUCACUUUAGCAAUGUUUUAGAGCCAUAUCACGACAAGAAACGUUGAUUCACUCACUUUAGCAAUGUUAUAGAGCCAUAUCACGACAAGAAACGUUGACUCACUGACUUUAGCAAUGUUUUAGAGCCAUAUCACGACAGGUAACGUUGACUCACUGACUUAAGCAAUGUUUUAGAGCCAUAUCACGACACGGAAUUUUCUACCCCGGAUCUUCACGGGUCUUUAAAAUGAACGUAAAUCAUGUCGCUGAACGAGGUUAUUUUACUGCACAACGCUUUAAACUUUCUUCCAACUUGAAUACAACAUGAUACUUUUUCUACUCAAGUAUGCUUGGCCUGGAGUUAGAGUCACAGUGGGAAUAUAAUCAUAUCAUUGUAGAUAUAUACGUUUGUUUAUUUUUCUUUCUUUUUUUCAAGGAUUCUUCAGAUCUGAUAUUAACACAUGUUUUAUAACCUAAGGUUUUAUUUUACAUUCCAUAGCUUUUGUCGAAAUAAAAUCAUUUUCUUAAAAUUAAAGUUGAUUUAUAUAUUUAUAUCUACACCGUAUGUGUUUGAUUGAUAGGGUAGUGACACAUAUUUUUUAUUGUCCGACCUGGAACACAAAAAGUAAGGACACUAUUCCUGUUAACAUCCUCAUUUCACAAACCAGGCGACGAAGCACAGGUACCGAAGAGCGAACUUCUCAGUGGAGAUUUCUUUGUACCUGGCAUAAAACCUGGCAUGGGUUUUGUCCUCCCUCCUGUGCAACACUGACAAAGACUAAUUCAACAUAUAAUUACGGCAGCCGUAGCGGUAAGGCGUCGUAACUCCUAUACUUUAACAUAGACUUCCGAUAAUCGUAGCCACGCGUAUACAGUCGUAGUGUUAAACUUGCUUUGUGGAAAGCGGCCUUGCUCCAGUAGUCUAAGUUCAAGUGAUGGUUGAAAGACUCCUUUCCUGUUACCAACUGCCUUGUAUUAUAAAGAGAUAACCAUUUUCGCUCGCGUGGUUUCGUAUCAUAGAUAUCAUAUAGGAGGAAUAACAGAUGUGUAUCGUUCUUGCAGUUAUGACCGUAUUUGUCCGACAACAAAACUGUUUUAUAUGAAACUAAGAAAAGUAAAUAAGGCAGUAUUAAUCAUAAAUCAUUGUGAAAAAUCAAUAAUAACUAUGAUGGACUGACCCUGAGAGAAAUGUGUUGAAAACUGUUUUGAUACAAUGAAUACUGUUUUGAUGUGUUGAAUGUUGUUUUGACGCUUUAUAUGUUGUUAUGAUGUGUUGAAUGUUGCCAUGCAGUGUUGAAAGUUGCAAUGACGUGUUGAAUGUUAUUAUGUGUUGAAUGUUGCUAUGGAGUGUUAAAUGUUGCUAUGGAGUGUUGAAGUAGUCUGAGUUCAAGUGAUGGUUGAAAGACUCCAUUCCUGUUACCAAAACACAUGUAUCCCCCAGGGGAUAGUCUGUUCCUUAUUCUGUGUUCCUUCUGUGUUCCCUACGCCACACCCCUCCCUUACCCACACCACUCCCUACCCUACUCCAGCCCACCGCUCCUUACCCCACACCACCACACAACUGCCUACCCCGCCCCAUCCCACCGCUACCCCAAUCCAUCCCAUCGCUCCCUACCCGACACAACCUCACCGCUCCCUACCCAGCACCACCUCAACUCCAUACCUCACACCAUACCACCGCUCCCUACCCCACACCAUACAACCACUCGAUACCCCACACCACCUUACCUAUCCCUACCCAGCACCACCUCAACAUUCCCUUCCCCACACCAUACCACCGCUCCCUACCCCACACCAUACAACCACUCGAUACCCCACACCACCUUACCUAUCCCUACCCAGCACCACCUCAACAUUCCCUUCCCCACACCAUACCACCGCUCCCUACCCCACACCAUACAACCACUCGAUACCCAACACCACCCAACCUGUCCCUACCCAGCACCACCUCAACAUUCCCUGCCCCACAUCAUACCACCGCUCCCUACCCCACACCAUACCACCGCUCGAUACCUCACACCACCCAACCUGUCCCUACCUAGCACCACCUCAACACUCCCUGCCCCACACCAUACCACCGCUCCCUACCCAGCACCAUACAACCACUCGAUACCCCACACCACCCAACCUGUCACUACCCAGCACCACCUCAACAUUCCCUGCCCCACAUCAUACCACCGCUCCCUACCCCACACCAUACCACCGCUCCCUACCCCACACCAUAUCACCACUCGAUACCCCACACCACCUAACCUAUACCUACCCAGCACCACCUCAACACUCCCUGACCAACAUCAUACCACCGCUCCCUACCCCACACCAUACCACCACUCGAUACCCCACACCACCUAAACUAUACCUACCCAGCACCACCUCAACACUCCCUGACCAACAUCAUACCACCGCUCCCUACCCCACACCAUACCACCACUCGAUACCCCACACCACCCACCCUGUCCCUACCCAGCACCACCUCAACAUUCCCUGCCCCACAUCAUACCACCGCUCCCUGUGGGGUAAGGAGCGGGUGGUAUGGUGUGGGGUUGG